AUGCCAAACGUUUUCAGCAAGUUGGCAAUACAGGAAUGGGGUUUAUCCAUGGUGCCUCAAGUCAUGAGGCUCAUCAGAGGCUAUGGAAAGCAUCGCAUCACAAUUCAACGCUCCAUUCUGUUUCUGCUGAUAUUUCGUUCCUUGCUAUCCAUGCGACAACUGGUGAAAGCCUUUAAAAAGAGCAACAAUGACCCCGCAUCGAAAAAACGACACCCAGCAACAGCAAACAAGAGCAAGAAAGUAGAGGUGGACAUGACAUUUUUCAAACAACUGUAUAAGCUACUGCAAAUUGUCAUGCCUGGUGUUCGAUCCAAGGAAUUUUGGCUGCUGAUUAUUCAUUCUGGAUUCCUGAUCUUUAGAACAGUCUUGUCAGUAUAUAUUGCUUCCUUGGACGGCAGAAUUGUAAGUGCACUUGUGAGAGGCCAAAUUAGAGAAUUUGUAUUGGGCAUUGUUUGGUGGAUGACCGUGGCCAUACCAGCAACGUACACCAACAGCAUGUUGAGUUACAUGCAGAGCAAGCUAUCCAUUCAAUUCCGUACUCGCCUUACCACCUACAUCCAUGAUCAGUACUUGACCAACAUGACCUUUUAUGCCGUUGGUAACUUGGAUGACCGUAUCAAAAAUGCCGAUCAAUGCAUCACUGUGGAUACCAUGAAAUUCUCCAACUCGUUGGCCGAGCUCUACUCCAAUCUUGCAAAGCCAAUCUUGGAUGUCUUUAUUUACAAUUACCAGCUGACAAGAAGCGUUGGUUUUGAAGGCGUCUUUUUGGGCUCACUUAUCAUCAACUUGUCGUCCGCCGUUAUGCGAAAAUACACACCCUCCUUUGGCAAAAUGGUAGCAGAAGAGCAGAAACUCGAAGGUGAAUUCCGUUUCAGACAUAGCCGAUUGAUCGAGAAUGCAGAAGAAAUUGCCCUGUUUGAAGGUCAAGCGAUUGAAAAGACCGAAUUAGACAAGAGCUAUUAUGCCCUGAUUCGUCAUGUGAAUCGUGUCUUUCGAGUGCGUGUGCCCCAUGGUAUGCUGGAGGAUUUUGUCAUCAAGUACUUUUGGGGUGCCUGUGGUUUGGUGCUUUGCAGUGUGCCUGUCUUCUUCAAGGUGCCUGGCUUGACUGGCGAUACAUCGGUGGGCGGACGUACUGAGGGCUUUGUCACCAACCGUCGUUUGCUAGUGAGCUCAUCAGAUGCUGUGGGUCGUAUCAUGUAUGCCUAUAAGGAGGUUACUGAAUUGGCAGGUUACACUAGCAGAGUCAAUGAUUUACUGGAGGUCUUUGAAGAUGUAAAAGCAGGCCGCUAUCAAAAGAACCUGGUCUCUUCCAUCUCGACAGAAUCCAAUGCAGAGACGCUCAAGGGCCGUGGCGAGGUGGUGGAGAGCGAGAAUAUUGAAUUUGUCAAUGUGCCCAUUGUCAGUCCUAAUGGUGAUGUGCUUGUUUCCAAGUUGAACUUUCACGUGAAACCCGGUAUGCAUCUCUUGAUUGUUGGUCCUAAUGGAUGUGGCAAGUCGUCCCUGUUUCGUAUUUUGGGUGGUUUGUGGCCUGUGUACGGUGGCACUGUACAUAGACCCAGUCAUCGAGACAUUUUCUAUAUUCCUCAAAGGCCUUAUCUUUCCUUGGGCACACUCAGAGAUCAAAUUCUGUAUCCAGAUACCCUCAAAGAGAUGAAGGAAAGAAAUGUAACAGAUCAAGAUUUGUUGGAUAUCCUCAAGGUGGUUCAAAUUGAGCAUAUCGUUGAAAGAGAGGGUGGCUGGGACACUGAAAAGGAGUGGACUUUGGCCCUGUCUGGUGGCGAUAAGCAGCGUAUUGCCAUGGCAAGAUUAUUCUACCAUGCACCUCGUUAUGCUAUUCUAGAUGAAUGCACCAGUGCUGUUAGUAUGGACAUUGAAAAGAUCAUGUAUACGCAUGCCACUGCUCUUGGUAUCUCGCUCUUGACCGUCUCUCAUCGUCCUUCGCUUUGGAAAUACCACAACUACAUUCUUCAAUAUGAUGGUCAGGGUGGCUAUGUAUUUACUAAAUUAGAUGCUCAAAAGAGAUUAGCUCUUCAAGAAGAAAAGAAUGCCAUUGAAGCCAAGUUGCUUGAAGUGCCUAAAUUACAAGCUCGUAUCCAGGAAUUAUCUGAAUUAAACAAAUAA